UUAGAAAAUGCCUCGAGACUUGUCCCGAUCCCGAUCACCUUCUUAUAGGCGAAGGCAUUCACCAUCUCCUGUGGGACACAGGCAUAGCAGGAGGAGCAGAAGAGAUAGAAGCCGAUCUCCAUAUUCUUCCUACUCUUAUAGCAGGUGAUCCCGUUUGUAUUUUUGCUUUCCUUAUGCUAAUAUACCUUGUUUCAAGUCGGAAAGAAUGGGGACUCGUUUUGAUGUCAUUUGGAUUUACAAAAUGUUGGAGUUGAUCUGUACGCAUCUUAACCUUUUUGUCUAUCGUUUUGUUCUUUUUUCAUUCUUUUUUUCAUGUUGUACAAAUAUUUUAGAUUUUCUUUCAGGUUUGGGUUCUUUGUGCAUACCAAGGGAAUUAUACAAAAUUUGGAAUUGUUAAAUACUUUUGGACUUGAGUUGUUAGUGUUCCAUUAGCUCAAAUGCAGUCAUGAUCAAGCAUUAAGGCAGCUUGAUAUAUAAAACAGUGGGUUUUGACUUUUGAAGGCAUUUGACACAUUCCAAUAAGUUGAUUCCUUUAUUUAGAAUUUAGGUCAGACGGAGUUGGAAAAUUUGAUUCUAUUUUGGAAUGUUUGUUGAAAUUGACCAUUUUCUGCAGAAAAAUGAAUGAUACUUUCAGAAAUGCAGAGUAAGCUGGUAGUAUAUUUAUAUGAUGAGCAACUGUAGGUGAAAGAUGAGCUUUGCAGUUGACUAUACUAAUUAUUUAUGAAAUUUAAUUUGAAUUUAAUAUCUAAUGAUAGUUAUUACUCAUGAUUUGGCUUCUUUGUUGCACGUGAUGGAGUAGACGGUUAUGGGCAGUCAUAUUUCCUCUUUAGUUCUGCAUGUGUGACAUUCUGCUGUUCGGAUUCUCAUCUUCUGUUUAGCUCCUUGAGAGACUCAAUGGGAUGCUAAUGCUGGAUGAUUGAUAUUACCAUUAUUCAAGUAUUGGUGAUCUUGUCACAGUCUGGUGACGGUGUUGUUUAUGUUGCAUGGCUUUUGGGUUUGUUUCCUCUGGGGUAUUUUGUAUUUGUACGUGGAAGUGGAAAUUUUUCAAUAAUAUAUGGAACAUAACAUAGAUAACAUGAUAGGAUGUAUCUUGUUCAUAAUAAAAUUUAAGCUCAGUUUCUUCCCAUAACUCGGGAAGUGAGCAGGUGAUGGGUGCUGAUGAGUGUCCUUUCAUUGCCCAAAUGUGACAUAUGCUUCUUCAUGUGAUAAAAGAUGGAGCACACUGGUUUUUCUUAGCAAUUAAUGAGGCGGAAAAGUCGUUCUAGUUCCCCAAGACGUCACAGAAGUCGAUCUACAACUCCAAGACGUCAUAAAAGUCGAUCUACGACUCCAAAACGAUACAGAAGACAGAGAAGUAGGAGUUCCUCGUUAUCUCCUACUCAUAGAUCUUCCAGUUCAAGCCUAGGUUUGGUAGAGCGCAAAACCGCCAUUGAAAAACAGAGGAAAGAAGAAGAAGAGAAGAAAAGGCGGCAACAGGAAGCAGAGUUGAAGUUAAUAGAAGAAGAGACUGCAAAGAGAGUACAAGAUGCAAUUCGUAAGAGAGUUGAAGAGAGCUUGAAAUCUGAAGAAAUUCAGGUGGAGAUUCAAAGACGGUUGGAAGAGGGAAGAAAAAGACUAAUUGAUGAAGUUGCAGCUCAACUUGAGAAAGAAAAGGAAGCUGCUCUUGUUGAGGCUAGGCGGAAGGAGGAGCAAGCUCGGAAAGAGAAAGAGGAGCUUGAAAGGGUGCUUGAGCAGAACCGGAGGAAGGUUGAAGAAGCUCAGAGACGAGAAGCUCUAGAGCAGCAGCGACGAGAGGAGGAGCGAUAUAGAGAGCUAGAAGAGCUCCAGAGACAAAAAGAAGAAGCCAUGCGAAGGAAGAAGCAAGAGGAGGAUCAAGAACGUCUAAACCAAACGAAGUUGCUGGGCAAAAACAAAUCGCGACCAAAAUUGUCAUUUGCGUUUGGAUCAAAAUGAUUGUAGAUUACCAUGGGUGUGCCUGUUUUGCUGUUGAACUUUUGAUUGUUUGCCUGAGUUCCAUAAGUGCGUCUAUAAUCGAGGGAAUUAUGCUUUCCCGCAAUUUUUAUGGGCAAUGUUUUGUAUCUGAUACUCUACUUUUUCCAGUUUGUGGUAAAUGUAAUUGCUUAUCAUCACUCAAGAAUUGUAUCAAGAGUUACAUUCAUAGGUAUAGGGAGAGAGUGAGCUGAACGUGAGACUUACACUUAAGAAUUACAUUAUAUCCAGAUGCUGGACUUCGUCCUCAGAAGGUGCUCCUUCAGUCUUUAAUGUAAGUUAUCUUGUAGCAGAAUUUUGUGGUUUAAAUGUAAGUUACCUUGUAAGA